CUUGUUUUGCGAGCUGCAACAGGCCCUGUGAUCCGACUCUAGCGGUACCUGACGCCGCUAGCUCUGAAGAUCUUGUUGCGUCCCGCAAAGAUGACUCUCGCUCGCAUCAGAUUUCCCUUCGUCGUAUACGUGAUAUGUGAAGAAGAUCCUGCGCGUAUUCGACAUUGUCAGUCGCAGAAACGGUGGGGACCAAGCUAUGUAAAGUCAUGCGAAGUCGUCUGCCUGCGUCUGCAUUGUACUGAUCAGAAAAAGAUUGGCAAGGGGGUCGCUGGCCGCUAGUUUGACUAGCAAUCGCGCUUUGCUAUUUUACCUGACAACGAUGACGUGUCAGUCUAUAUGGCAAUCGACACGUGUCAGCAAUAAAUGCCGGCAGUGGAGAGGCAAUAUUCAGUGCGCAAGUAAAGUUGGAAUGAUGCAUAGCGGCUAGGAAGUAUGGAAGCGGAGAGGAACAGCCAAGGAAUGGUCGUAUUGAUCUGAUGUGAUGAAAUGGUGUGCCCAGAUCGUGCUGGUGAAGUUUGAGUCGAUGGGGAAGUUGAGUCGCCCAGAUCGGCAGUCCGUGCCCACGACGCGCCCUAGCCCAUAUCCGGGGUCCUCAAGCUGGCGCCGCGAUUCCGAGGCAUAGGCCCCGUUCAAUGACCACAGCGUCACAGCACCUCGCGUCGGCUUCGGCAGAGGGGAUAUUUCUUUGUCGAUGACGGCGGGCUACUGGCCCCCC